UAGGAAUGCCUAUGUGUUUAUUGACUCUGGAUCUACCCACUCAUUUGUGUCACCUAAGUAUGUGUCAUCUUUGCAUGUGGAGCCUGAGACCCUUGAUUGUGUGCUUGUGGUGAAUACUCCUUCUAAGGAGGUUUUAACAUCAAAAACCAUUUAUAGAUCUUGUAGAGUUAUGGUAGAGGGUAGAGUUUUGCUUGCCGAUCUGAUUUUGUUAGGUAUAGUGGAAUUUGAUGUCAUACUUGGUAUGGAUUGGUUGUCUACCCAUUAUGCCAUGGUUGAUUGUUAUGAGAAGGUGGUUACUUUCUCCGCUCCUAACCAGCCUGUGAUUCGAUUUGAAGGAGAAAAAGUUGGAUCAUUUCCAUUACUUGUUUCUUGCAUGCAAGCUGAUAAAAUGUUGCAGCAUGAGUGUUAUGGAUAUCUGGCAUAUGUUUUUGAAUCUAAAGACAAGCUGGUGUCUGUAGAAGGAAUUUGGGCAGUGGAAGACUUUCCUGAUGUUUUCCCUAAGGAGUUGCCUGGGCUACCUCCAAAUAGGGAGAUUGAGUUUAUUAUAGAUCUUGUGCCUGGUACUGCACCAAUAUCCCAGCAACCUUAUGGAAUGGCCCGGGCAGAAUUAAUUGAAUUGAAAAAGCAGUUGCAAGAGCUUCUUGAUAAGGGGUUCAUUAGACUCAGUACUUCUCCCUGGGGUGCUCCGGUUCUUUUUGUGAAAAAGAAAGAUGGCUCACUUAGAUUGUGCAUUGACUAUAGACGAUUGAAUCAAGUCACCGUAAAGAAUAAAUAUCCUUUGCCAAGGAUUGAUGAUUUGUUUGAUCAGUUACAAGGGGCUCGUAUCUUUUCCAAAAUUGAUCUUAGAUCGGGUUAUUAUCAACUAAAGGUUAAACCUGAGGAUGUGAUGAAGACUACUUUUAGGAGCAAAUAUGGGCACUACGAGUUCCUGGUAAUGCCGUUUGGUUUAACCAAUGCCCCUACAGCUUUUAUGAAUCUUAUGAAUAGAAUCUUUCAGCUGUACUUAGAUAAGUUUGUCAUUGUCUUCAUUGAUGACAUUCUUAUCUUUUCUCCUGAUGAAGAGAGCCACAAGGAGCAUCUGGUCAUUGUAUUGCAGAUUUUGCGAGAAAAGAAGUUAUAUGCCAAGUUUGAUAAGUGUGAGUUUUGGCUGAAUCGGAUUAGUUUUCUGGGUCAUAUUGUCUCGAAGGACCGCAUAUCAGUUGAUCCUAGUAAAGUGGAAGCAGUUGUGAAGUGGGAAAGGUCGACUAGUGUCACCGAAGUGCGGAGUUUUCUUGGACUAGCAAGAUAUUAUAGAAGGUUUGUGGAGGGAUAUUCAAAGAUUUCUGGUCCGUUAACACAACUUACUCGUAAGAAUCAGAAGUUUGAAUGGAUAGAUAAAUGUGAGCAAAGCUUUCAAGAGUUGAAGAACAGAUUGGUCACUGCACCAAUUCUUGAUAUUCCCGAUAAUGGAGGAAACUUUGUGGUAUAUACUGAUGCUUCUCACAAAGGAUUGGGUUAUGUACUUAUGCAACAUGGACGGGUGAUGGCUUAUGGGUCUAGACAGCUUAAGACACAUGAGAGGAAUUACCCUACACAUGAUUUAGAACUUGCUGCCAUAAUUUUUGCACUUAAGUUAUGGAGGCACUAUUUGUAUGGAGAAGAGUUUGAGGUGCACACUGAUCACCAAAGCUUGAAAUAUUUAUUUUCACAAAAAGAGCUUAAUUUGAGACAAAGAAGAUGGAUGGAGUAUCUAAAUGACUAUAGAUGCAAAAUUGUCUAUCAACUUGGAAAGGGAAAUGUGGUUGCAGAUGCACUUAGCAGAAAAUCAACUGGCAUUUUAACAAGCUUAAUGGUGAUGGAGUGGAAACUCCUAGAAGAAUUCAAGAAUUUGAAUGUCAGGUUUUUGCCACCAAAGUCUGAUGUACUAGUGUCUAGUUUGAUGGUUCAACCUACAUUGUUGUCAAAGAUCAAGGAAGCACAACAGAAAGAUUCAAGAUUGAUGGAGUGGAUGAAGGAUAGUGGAAAAAGCUUCAAAAUGGGUCUUUAUAUUUCGGAUGAUGGAAUCAUAAGACUUGGAGAUAGAAUUUGUGUUCCAUAUGAUGAAGGGUUGAGGAUGGAAUUGCUCCAAGAAGCACACAAGUCCAAUUAUACCAUUCAUCCUGGGAGUACCAAAAUGUAUCAUGACUUAAAAGAGACAUUUUGGUGGAAAAGCAUGAAAAAGGAUGUGGCUAAAUAUGUGUCCAAAUGCUUGACUUGUCAAGUGGUAAAAGCAGAGCACCAAAAGCCAGGAGGGCAACUUCAACCUUUGCCUAUACCGGAGUGGAAGUGGGAAGUCAUCUCAAUGGACUUCAUUGUGGGAUUGUCGAAAACGAGAAGGCAAUUUGAUGCAAUUUGGGUGAUUGUGGACAGAUUAACAAAGUCAGCUCACUUUUUGGCCAUAAAACAAAAAGACCCAUUAGACAAGUUGGCCAAGCUUUAUGUUCAGGAGAUUGUUAAACUCCAUGGGGUCCCAGUGAGCAUUGUAUCAGACCGAGAUCCAAGGUUUACUGCAAGAUUUUGGAGAUCUUUCCAGAAAGCCAUGGGAACUCAAUUGAAAUUAAGCACAGCAUACCACCCACAAACCGAUGGGCAGUCUGAGAGGACUAUUCAAGUGCUCAAAGACAUGCUAAGCGCUUGUGCGUUAGAUUUGCUUGAGAGUUGGGAUGAUCAUCUUCCCUUGGUGAAAUUAAGUCAGGAGAGGCUUAAAGUGGCUCAAGACAAACAAAAGAGUUAUGCAGACAAUAGAAGGAGACCUCUAGAAUUUGAAGUUGGAGAUCAUGCAUUUUUGAAGCUGUCACCAACUAAGGGAGUGUAUCGAUUUGGUUUGAAAGGAAAACUCAGUCCGAGGUACAUUGGCCCGUUUGAGAUUCUUGAAAUGGUAGGUGAAGUGGCUUAUAGAAUUGCAUUACCUCCAGAAUUGUCAAAUGUGCAUAAUGUAUUUCAUGUGUCGGUUUUGAGGAAGUAUGAGUCGAAUCCUUCACAUGUCAUAAACUACGAACCAUUAGAGUUGAAGGAAGAUUUGAGUUACACCAAACAGCCAAUACAGAUUUUGGAUAGGAAAGAAAAAGUUUUGAGGAACAAGACUGUGUCUUUAGUGAAAGUGUUGUGGCAGCAUCAUUUUGAGAAUGAAGCUACAUGGGAACUUGAAAGUCAGAUGAGGGGGCAGUAUCCAAAUCUAUUUUGGUAAGCUAAAUGAUUUGGUGGGCCAAAUCCUUUUAAGGUGGGAAGGAUGUAACACCCCACAUACCUUAGUGAAUAAUUUAAAAAUUAGUGU